AUGCUAGUGGAUGCCAUCUUGGAUGAUUAUGCACAUAGACCCAUGACUGAUGUCCACCUUUGCAAUGUUAUCCAAAAUGAUUACAUUGGCUGGUCUGGAUCUGGACAGCUGCCCUCUGAGCCUGACCUGUUUGGCCAAAGUGAUGGAGGACGUCAGUCUGAUUCUGAAGAUCUCAUUACACGACCAUCAUUGGCCCAACUUGGACUCUCCCUUGAAGAUUUGGACUUGAGUUCCCCACUUAACUAUGGCACACCUGCAUCUGUGGAGCAUGAAGGGUCUGAACCACGAACAACACCAAUCUUGCAUCGAUCCGACAUUCGCUCUGAUCGCAUUGUUCAUCAAGUCAACUUUGGAGGUGAUACCCUGAGUGCUGGAGAAGGGGUUGCAGACCAAAAUGUGCAAGGACCGCAACUUGUCAUUUGGGGUACAGAUGUAGUUGUGUCUCGCUGCAAGGAAAAGGUGAAAAACUUCAUUUCCAACUUUGUGGACUCCAGUGUUGAAGAAGAUGAAGUCAUUGAAGGCAUGGAUUCCUCUGAGCCAUUAUACCUGCAGAAAUUAGCUGAGAUUCAGGUCCUGGAAGAGCCUUUCAUGAAUGUUAACUGUGCCCACGUUCAGCAUUUUGAUGAGACACUUUAUCGACAGCUGGUCUCCUAUCCACAAGAGGUAAUCCCGGUAUUUGACAUGGCCAUCAAUGAAAUGUUCUUUGAGAAGUAUCCCCACACAAACCUCCGUCAUCAAAUCCAAGUCCGACCUUUCAAUGCUGAAAAGACCAAGAACAUGCGUUCUCUCAAUCCUCAAGUCCAAAUCUCUUCCUUCAUAAGACAGUGUUCUUCACUUCUUUGGUUUUCUUCCAAUGCCUAUAUUUUAAUUGGAGAGAUGCAAAAUGUAAUAAAGGAUUAUGUUGUAAUUAAUUUUCUGCUUGCAGAUGAUAUGCCUCCUGGACAAACUCCCUACACUGUUUUGCUUUAUGCUCACAAUGACCUGGUGGAUACCACUCAACCUGGUGAUCGUGUCACUGUGACAGGAAUUUACCGAGCCACUCCCAUUCGUGUGAAUCCACGUCAACGAAAUGUCAAGUCUAUCUACCAUACCCACAUUGAUGUCAUCCACUUUCGCAAGGUUCAUACUCAACGCUUGAGGGAUAUUGAGACGAAGGAAACCCAUUUCACACCUGAAAGAGUUGCAUUCCUUAAGGAACUUGGCAGAAAACCUGACAUCUAUGAGCGUCUGGCCAGAGCCAUUGCUCCUUCCAUCUAUGAACAUGAGGACAUUAAGAAAGGCAUUCUUCUCCAGCUCUUGGGAGGCACAAAAAAGGAUUUCACUAAUGCUGGCAGGGGAAAAUUCAGGUCAGAGAUUAACAUCUUGUUGUGUGGUGACCCUGGAACCAGUAAGUCCCAGCUCCUCCAGUAUGUUUACAACUUGGUGCCUCGUUCACAGUACACAUCAGGGAAAGGCUCCAGUGCUGUUGGUCUCACUGCUUACGUUGUUCGUGAUCCUGAAACACGACAACUUGUUCUGCAAACGGGGGCACUUGUGCUUGCUGACAAUGGUAUCUGCUGCAUUGAUGAGUUUGACAAAAUGAGUGAGAGUAGCCGCAGUAUCCUCCAUGAAGUGAUGGAGCAGCAGACAUUAUCUAUUGCCAAGGCCGGCAUUAUCUGUCAGUUGAACGCUCGCACAUCAGUCUUGGCAGCAGCUAAUCCAGCUGGAUCCCAGUGGAACAAGAAUAAGACCAUUGUUGAAAAUAUUGAACUCCCACACACCCUUCUGUCCAGAUUUGAUUUGAUCUUCCUCAUGCUGGAUCCCCAAGAUGAGCUGUAUGACAGGAGGCUUGCCCGUCAUCUUGUUUCAUUAUAUGACAAGUCUCAGGAACAGGAACAGGAAGAAAUUCUUGACAUGGGGAUCUUAAGGGAUUAUAUCACGUAUGCCAAGGAACACAUUCACCCUGUGUUGAGUGAAGCUGCUGCUCAAAAUCUGAUCAGCUCCUACGUAUCUAUGAGGAAAACUGGCAGUGGCCGUGGCCAGGUCUCUGCUUACCCACGUCAGUUGGAGUCACUCAUUCGACUUGCUGAAGCUCAUGCCAAAAUGCGCUUUUCUUCUACUGUGGAAAUUGUUGAUGUUGAGGAAGCUUGGAGAUUGUACUCAGAGGCACUGAAACAAGCAGCAACAGACCCAACCUCUGGUAAGAUUGAUGUGAACAUCCUGACAACAGGAGUGAGCAGUGCUGCACGAAAGAGAAGAGCAGACAUUGCAAAUGCUGUUAAGAAACUCAUCAAGAGCAAGGAAAAAAUGGCCACCAUUGCCCAACAGAAACUUUUCCAGGAGCUUCGUGAAUCUUCUGACAUUAUGAUCACAAGGGAGAUGUUCGAGGAUGCAUUGCGUGAAGUUCAGGAUGAAGAACUGAUAACCAUCACUGGUCGUACCAUCCGUAUCAACCAGUUCCCAUCAUAAGAAUUUCUUUAAGAUCCUUGAGUUCAUGCCUCUCGUUUUUUCACCAUUUUUCUCCCAUUCCAACAAUUUUGUUUUCCUGCAGUGUUUUCACAUUUUAAUGUUUUCUUUCAUUUGGGAUGAAUUUCCCUUGAUCUUGAUUCCAUUUUGCAAUUUGGAUAAGUGCUUUUAAAUUUCUUUGAGAAGGCAGUAUUCCAAGUAGUAAAAUCUGAACUAGAUAGAUGAGAUCAUGUUCUUUCAUGGCAUAAGCAAAAAAUAAUUUUUUUAAAUACUUCUGAAACUUCCCAUUCACAAGGAAAUAUGCAACUCUGUCUUUGACUACACUUGUUCAUUCAUGCAAUGGAGGCUUUUUGGAGUGACUUCCAAAAGUUAGCCCUCUAACCGCUUUUGUCUGGAGUUCAGCUGUGGGCUAUGGGAAUAAGUGUGUUAGAUGCACCCUCUCCAUCCUUAUGCCUCCGAGAAGAAGUUUUAUGCCUUUAAGUAAAAUCAUUGUGCCUGUUUGAUUUUUAACUGUGAAAACAUGCC